AUGAAAAGAAAAGAAGACGAUCUUCCAUACACUGGGCGCACGUUCGUUGUAACUGGAACUACAGCUCUUCCUCGAGAUACCUUAGUGAACAGAAUUCGCGAGCUAGGAGGGAAGGUAACUGUUGGCGUAUCUGGCUCCACUACGUAUCUUGUCACAGGAGCAGACCCAGGACCAGCUAAGCUGAAGAAAGCCCUUGCAGCUGGCACGAAGAUCCUCUCGGAGGAAGAAUUCACCGAAAUGUCCAGUCACUACGUCAUACAGCCCAUUGAGGUAAAGAAAGUAAAGACGGCAAAUCUGUCGCAUGAAAGAUGGACAGAUAAGUAUGCGCCACAGAGUCUUUCAGAGGUGGUAGGAAACAGCGGAGCAAUAAAACAGCUAAAGACACACUUGCUCUCCAUGUCGCUCAAACCGAUCCUUUUAGCAGGGCCCUCAGGAGUGGGCAAAACUCUGUCAGUGUAUCUAGCUGCUAAAGAGUUAGGCCUGUCUCUGAUAGAGUACAACGGAUCAGACUACAGAAGUAAGCAAGAGAUAUCCAUAGUAAAGGGCCUUUCAACACAGCAGUCUCUCACAAGGGAAGUGCAUCUGCACAAGAACAAGGUCCUUUUAAUGGAGGAGAUAGAGAAUAUGACAGCGAAUGACAGGGGAGGCCUGCAGGAGAUUCUCAGCUUAUUCAAAAAAACAUCCAUUCCAAUAAUUCUUACAGCUAAUGACAAAAGCAGCCAAAACAUAAAAACAAUAGUUGCACAGUGCAAAGUUUUACAGUACAGUAAAAUAGAUAGCAGAAGCGCAGUGGGAGUGCUAAAAAAUAUAGCAAACAAGGAGGGCAUAUCCAUACCAGAGAACACGCUCAUGCAAAUAGCAGUUACAGCUGCAGGAGAUGUAAGGUAUGCAGUGAACAUGCUGCAGUACCUAAGCAAGAAGCAGAAUAUAUCAUCAGAAGACAUUACCGUGAUGAGAAAACACUUCACAACCGCAUCGUUAUUCGAUGUCACAAAAGAAAUCCUGCUGGGCCACACAAGCCCAAGCCAAAAGAUAAACUUGUUUUUUGACGAGCCAGUAUUCUCACUUCUGAUGGUGUUUGAGAACUAUCUCGAGGGAUGCACGCUGAAAGAAGCAGCGGAUGUGUCUGAUAGCCUGAGCAUGGCAGAGAUAGUGAGCAAUCGCAUGCUAGCUAAAGACGAAAAAAGACUCUUUCCUGUUGCUGCGUACUACACGGCUGUAAAGCCCAGAAUCAAGCUGUCGUCUAGAAUAAUGUUCAGCAAGUACCUAGGAUUUGCAUCAUCAAUGGCCGCAAAGAAGAAAAAAAUAAACAAAGUGCUGAACGAGCUGAGCGAGAGAGGAAUGCAGGGGGGAUGGUCUGUGAUAUACGAACUAUUCAACAUAAUGAACAUACUAAAGAACAGCAAAGUGCCAGAAAUCACAAAGAAAAAGUACAUAAGAAGGCUUCAGAUAGACAAGAACGUACUGCAGAUACUCAAUGAAGUAACGGGAGCAAAAAUAAAGGCAAACGAGAUGCCUCUCUUAAAAACAAAAAAAGACGAGAUGUAA